AUGUAUUUGCAACGUGCUACUCUGUUGCUGGCAUUUAUCGUGAUCACGUGCCAUCCAAUGACCCCCGAGACAGGUGAGCAGCAGCAGCAGCAGCAGGAGGAAGAGGACAAAAGCAAGCAGUACGACGGUAUGGCUCAUUUCGCUACAAACACAUUCAAAAUAUUGUAA